AUUUUCUAGGUGAUUGUCAAUUAAACGACCCCCAACCACAAACAUGCGACCCUCGGCACGUCUACUGGGCCUGGAGGUCCCCAGCUCGCGAACCCUCUAUGUCUGCUCGAGCUGCCGACAAGAAGCCCGUCCGCGGCCGAUCCUAGCUCGCCAAUUCCUGCGCAACGCCUCGACUUCUUCCGGCUCGACUCCGCUCACUGAGAAAGUGCGCCGCAAGCUCUGGGGUACGGAAAACCCGCCUGGUAUGAAGGAUCCGUAUGGUGGACCUGGUGCAUUGGAGAAGAAGUUGAGGGGGAAUCAGAAUGUUCAAGAGGAGGGUGCUGGUGAGAUUGUGGAAGCGGCGGAGCCUGCUGAGGUUGCGGAGGCGGUUGGGAGGGAGGAUGCUGAUUAUGUGCCUGCGACGUCGUGGGAGGGAAUUGAGAAGAUUGGGCAUCUUGGGGGGUGGGAGAAUUAUCCUGCUACUCAGUCUGAUGAGUAUAGCCCAUUCAUGCUCAAGCAAAAACUCACCAAGCGCGAACACAUCUACCUGGCCGCUCACCAAACCGCCGUAGAACUUUGCCUACUGCACGCCCUGAAGAAGCCAUUGGCGAGCAUCUACAAUGUUGUCGAGCACGACAAGUCCGUUUUCAAGAUGAUCUGGAAAUGCAAGAUUCAGCCGGGUGCCAAUGGCCAAUGGGAGGGUGUCGUCUACCCCAACAAGCAAACUGAGGCUGCUCUGGUUUACAUUUUCGAGCAGAUUGGUGGUCAGCCUGAGGGUGCUGUUGCGGAGGCCGCGGGCGAGACUGAGCAGGCUGAGGCUGAAGCUGAGGCUUCGGCGGAGGAGUUGGACGAGGGUGCUUAUGUGUCUGAGACUUCCGGGCUUCCGUUCUUCGGGUACCAGGAUGUUCGUGACAAGGGGUUCCUUUCUUUGGCUUUAAAUGAUCCCGCUGUCAAGUUUGCCUUCCUGAAGAGAUUCUCCCAGCUCAGUGGUCAUUUCCCCGACCCUAUCAUCCACCCGACCUCCAACGUCAAGGAAGUUGUAGACCUCAUCCUGAAGUCCUUCAAUCCCAAGCCUACCAAAUUGGCCGACCAGCUUUUCAACAAGGCCAGCCUUCAGAGCCGGUCGAAUGUCAAGAUCUUCGCCAAGAAGCAGAGGUCAUCAGACCGGGAUGAGGAAAUGGGGAGGAAGAAGGUUAUCGAGGCUGAGCUUCGUGCCCGGGGUCUUAUUGCUUAAUUGACAGGCAGAGGAUGAGAUAUGUUUGAUAUUGGUUUAUGUCGUAUAUGUAGUAUCUUUUCUCUUCUAGCAUGUCUUAACAAGAAAAAAUGCUUGUACAAUAGAUGAUUUUGUGUUAGACCAUCCUCUAUUCAAGAUUAUAGUAUAUACUACGGUCCAGUAGCCGACUCCUGCGCCAAACGCCUCAUCCAGAAUAUAAAAGAAAAUCACCUCUUCGCUCCAGCAGGGAUCGAGAACCCUCUCGUCAUGAAAUCAUUACCACUCUUCUUACCAUCCUUGGACUCCUUGGUAAAUAGACUGUUAAUAUUCUCAUUGCCUCCCAUCAACUUCUUCCUCUUC